AUGGAGAAGACGCAAGAGUCCAGCGAUAGAGCACUAGCAAGCCCGUGUCUUUUGCAUUCAUACCUCGACCACUGCGCGGCAACGGUUACAGACUUUGACAAGCGCACUCCACACGAUAACCUUCAGAUAGCCCCAAAUCUCGUCGGCAGCAAUAAUCAAGUGCUAGAGAGCAUAGCGGGGGAAGUCGAAGGUGAAAUGGACGAUUCCGAUGAAGCUGCACACGAUCGCCAGAAUCUCACUCGGCAGCUCGCAGAGACGGCCGUCGGAGUGCGUGAAAUGUCCAAGCAGCUCGGCCGAGCGAGAGUUAAGAGCAAAAUCAAGUCAGUUAUGAUCAUCACUAAAGCUAGAGAUCAUCAACUUAUACGUCAGACUCGUAAAUUGGCGCUCUAUCUGAUGAAUACCCCUAGAGACGAUCUCAAAGGACAUGGAAUGAUUGUUUACGUAGACAGUCAGCUACGCACUUCGAAACGAUUCAAUGUUGCCGGUAUUAGAGAGGACUAUCCACAUUUGUUCUCUCCACGUUCACAAAGUCGUUCAGAUCUCUCUGCUAAUCUGAGCAGUACGAGCAUUUCACCAGAAAGCAAAUCUUCACAGCAUCCACACGAAGGACAGCUGCGUUUCUGGACACCUGAUAUGUGCACCAACAGUCCCCACCUUUUCGAUCUCGUAAUCACUCUCGGUGGCGAUGGUACUGUGUUGUUUGCCAGCUGGCUCUUCCAGACUACCGUCCCACCCGUGCUGCCAUUCUCCCUCGGAAGUCUUGGAUUCUUAACGAAUUUUGAUUUCACAAACUCGGAGAAGGUGAUCAAUAGCAUUGUCGAUGAUGGCAUUAGGGUGAAUUUACGAAUGAGGUUUACGUGCACGGUUUAUAGAUCCGAGUACCGACAAAAAGAUCCGCAAUCUGCUAAUGCGCGUAGACCAGCCUUCCGUCGUGGUGCUACUGGCGAAAUACUGAUGCGCAACGUAGAAGGAAAAGGAUGGGAUGCCCUGGAGGGCAACACGCCACCAGUGACAGCGAAGAAGCGCGACAAGGAAAUAAUGUGUUACACGACGCGUCCCGUUGAGACAUUCAACGUGCUCAAUGAUCUCGUAGUCGACAGAGGUCCCUCACCAUAUGUUUCCAUGUUGGAGCUGUUCGGAGAUGAGAACCACCUGACGACAGUACAAGCUGAUGGUUUGUGCGUAUCUACUCCAACGGGGUCGACCGCAUACUCGUUAAGUGCAGGUGGUAGUCUCGUGCAUCCAGAAAUACCGGCUCUUUUAAUAAGCCCUAUAUGUGCUCAUACGUUGUCUUUCAGACCAAUGCUCCUGCCUGAUUCGAUGGAGUUGCGCAUUUGCGUACCGUUUAACUCUCGUUCUACUGCCUGGGCAUCGUUCGAUGGCAGAGGCAGAGUCGAGCUGAAGCAGGGUGACCAUAUUAAGGUGACUGCAUCCAAGUAUCCUUGUCCUACCAUAUGUGCUGAUAAACAGUCAUCCGAUUGGUUCUCGUCGCUCAGUCGUACUCUACACUGGAAUGAACGUGCGCGUCAGAAAUCCUUUGUUGUCGUGGAGGAGGGCCCUAAACACGCUGAAUUCAAGAAUGAAGAGAAUGGUGAUAAUGGAGUUGGAGAUCACGAGAAGGACGGUGAUGAUGAUGAUGCUGACGAAGAUGACGAUGAUGAUGACGAAGACGAUCAGUUUGAUAUUGAUGAAAAGAGCGAAAAUGAGGCGGGCUUGACUAGUCCUGCUAGUGCCUCAGCUGCUGCAGGAGCACCGAGCGGAACAAGUGGACCCGGUCGCGCGAGGCCAAUACUCCCGAAAUCACUCACCUCCGCAUUCGAGCCGUCUUCGGUGCUGAGUGGGAGAGGAUCUCCAGGCAGAUUUGGGACAAGCACAGCGCAACCUAAACCACAACCGGUCUCAAUGCGUCACGUGUACAAUCAAGGACAGGGCAGGAGUGGGAGUGGAAACAGGGAGAAGGGAAGUAGUCGCCAACCUAGUCUGGAUAGUGUCAAUGAGAAUCCAACGUAUGCUCGCCUUAGGAAUGUAUAUGGAGAUAUUGGCACACCGCCAAUGUCGCCAACUACUUCUGCUCGUACAUUUGGUGUGUAUGGGGAAGAUGCUUCUGAGUCUGAGACUUCAGAUUGA